AUGUCCGACUCGUCAUCUGUCUCUAGCGAAUCUUCAUCAGAAAUCUCUGAAAUCUCAGAGCGUCAAGACGAGGUGGAUCCAUUUGUCCCACCUCUUCAGCUGCAAAACGAAGAUAUUCCAGAAAACCUUUCUCUUAAAGCAAUUUACAGCUCAGUCCAUCAAAAAUAUUCGUAUGACCCAAACGAACAAAAUAAUGAAGAAAACUCGACGUUUGAGACAAAAACCCAUCAAGGUCCGAUACAACUAAUUAAGGUAACUGAUUCAGGGACGUUUGAAGUCUGUAAGAAAGGAGCUGAGUUUCUAAAAGGGAUAAAAACGAAAAUAGGAGUCGUUUCAAUAGGAGGACCGACUAGAAGUGGAAAAAGUUUUGUUAUGAACCUUUUGGCAAAUGGGACUGGAUCUGGCUUUGAGGUUGGCAGCAGAGUUGCUGCUUGCACACAAAGUAAAUUAAAUUAAAGGGUUUAAAGUCUUCCAGGUUUGAUGCCUUUGCACUCUUAAGACCACUAGAACCUGCUUGCUAGAGAAACUCAGUCGCCUGAGUCCUGUCUCAAUAGCGGUCUAUUCUCAGGACCUGAGGCUUGCAACGAUAAACCUAUACCAGAGUCUCGGCGGUUUAGAAAGACUAUUCAUGCUCCAUAUCUUGAGGGUGCUAUAGAGGCAAAGGUCAGCUCGAUGCCUCUUGUUGCCAUCUUGCGGAGAGGUGGCAUCUAAGAAAAAAGAGCCACAGCCAUCCGAAAUCAGUAUGGAAAGAACCCGUGGCCCCAAAAAAAAUCCGUAUAACCAAUACCUAGACUGUAAUCGCCACCAGCUGACUCCCAAGGUUUACCCACCCCAUACUGCCGCUCGAGGCAGCUAAGGGUUAGGACUAAAAGUCUGAACCUUGGCUUAGGCUAUAAAGUCAUUUUGGCGCCCAAAGUGGUGUGUCGUCAUCAACGAAUAUUUUGUCACCACCACGAUAUUAACUAUGCUUUUUACACAAGGGAUUUGAAUAUGGGGAGAGCCUAUGCAAGCAGCAAAUAUGAGUAUCAUUUUUCUUGACUCAGAGGGCUGCAAAAGUGUUGAAAAAUCAGCAAAUCAUGACGCAAAAAUAUUUUCACUGCUUAUCUUGCUGUCUUCAGUAUUUAUUUAUAACUCAAAAGGAGUCAUUGAUGAGCAGGCGAUUAACCAGCUGAGUUUUGCAGCAUCUUUAUCAGAAUUGAUAUCAACAAGGAUUACCCCUAGUGACUCAGAUGAAGAAAUAAAACGGAGAUUGGCAGCUUUGUCACCUAAAUUUAUAUGGCUGUUAAGGGAUUUUCAUUUAUCAUUAGUAGAUGAAGAAGAUAUCCCUAUCAGUUCAAAACAGUAUAUGGACAAAAUUCUAACAAAUAGGAUCUCUAUAGGAAGAAAUGUGGACAAAUAUAAUAAAAUAAGAGAAGCUAUACUUGAAACCUUUAUUGACAGGGACUGCAUAACACUUCCAAGACCUGUUGAGCAAGAAAAACAGCUUGAAGCGCUUGCCGAGUUUGAUUUAGACUCACUAAGGCCUAAGUUCAAAAAAAGCUUUGAACAGCUUCAGCUUUCUGCACUUGAGCACUGUCCUCAUAAGAAAUUUGACGGGCUUGAAAUCCAAGGAAGCAACUUGCUUAGCUUUUUGGAGGAGAUGAUAAAAGCAAUCAACGACGGAAUUGCGCCUAAUAUUAAUACAGCCUGAAGCCACGUUAUAAAACUCCAAUAUGAAGAGCUUAUGACAGAUAUUAAAAAAAGAUAUAUAAAAGCUAGAGACGUGGAGAUACAAAAUUUGCCUUAUGAUGAGUCUGAAUUGCUAAUUAAAUUGCAAGCUGCCAAGGAUAGGGCACUUGCGUUGCUUUUAGAGGUGCAGCUAAAAGAUGAAGCGCUAGAAGAAGGAUGCAGAGAAGAGUUUGGAGGGUUUUAUCAUGAUGACAUUACGUUUACACUUAAAGCAAACCAAGCAGCAUCUGAAGCGUUUAAUUUGUCAUUGAUUGAAAAGCUUUUUAGAGAUAUUUUGGUUGAUCUUGAGCAAGGAAAGUACUUUGAAACCUUUGAUGGUCUUGAAACGGAUUGGGCAGUAGCUAUGAGAAGAUAUGAAAAAGAAGCUAUUGGGCCUGGAAAGUUUAUUGCGCUAAGCCAAUUUUCCAGAAAGCACCAGCAUAAUGCUUUUGCGAGAUAUUUUCAAGAUAUCGCUGAUAAGUAUGAAGAUCAGGUUUUAGAACUAUCUUUCCAUAAAUAAUUCUAUUAUAUUAUUAAUAUUAAAAAUUGGGGAAAUUAUAUUUAUAUUUAACAUAUAUAGAAAUUUGUUAUAUAAAAAAAGUAUUAACAGGAGAAAGUAAGGAAAAAAGAAAAAGAAUAUGAAGAUAGGUUAUACGCCACAAGGAAAAGAGAUGACGCUGAAACUAAGCAGCUCGUGCUAGCUCAUGUAGCACAUUUAGAAAAAGAAUUAGGAAUUAUGGUUGAUGAAAGACAGCAGCUUGGCGAUAUUUUAGGAAGAGUCCAAUAUGAAAUUGCUAAUGCAUUGUAAGCGAUAAAUAGGAAAAAGAAAAAAGAAGAAGAGCAAGAAGAGCCCAUAAAUCCUGAUGACGUCGAAGUUGAUAUAAAGCCGAAAAAGAAAUCGAAUUCUAAAUCCUGUGGCUGUGUCCUUUUCUAA